AUGCCUCUCGCCGCCUUCGCGAUCUUUGUUGUCCUUUCCGUCGAAUCCUGGAAAGCCUCGUCGCGCGUCUACUACCGACGCAAGUCCCGCAAGCAUGGCUAUGCCGACUUGCCCACCGACGCCUAUGGCCGGCCCGUCAACGACCGCGGCGAGAGGCUGAGCCGCAACCAGGCCAAGGCGCUCAUCGCACACAACCGCGAGCUGGAGCGCAUCAAGACGGCCGAGCGAGAGUGGCGGUUGGAGGGCGAGAAGCUGCCCAACUACGAAGAGGCCCGCAGCGCCAGCAUCCGCGAGGCACUCCGCAGGCCCAGCACCGCGCAGCCCGGCGCCACCAGGAGCGUCAACCGCCGCAUCGCCGGAUCGCGCGCCACCAGCUGGGGCGGCACCCCCACCCCUCUGCUGUCGUCCUCGAGGUCCUCGAGUGGCUAUGGCCAGCGCACCUCGGUCACUGCACGCAAUGGUGCUGCCGGAGCGGAUGCGCCCGUCGGCUCGGCCGUCGCGUUUGCCAUCCGCCGCAACGGGCCCAACCUCGCCGUCAUCCAGAGCAGGGACUCGUCGCUCGGCACCGACGGUGCCGCCCAUGCCGUCGGCCUCACGGCAUCCGUCUCGGCCCCGCUCGAGGAGCUGAUGCUCGACGAUGUCAUCGAGAACGACGGCAUGGACUGGCAGCGCGCCACAUGGGAAGGCUCGCCCAUCUACGCCGAGAUUGACCGUUCUGCCACUCUGCCCUCGAUCACCAUGGCCACCGGCGGCGUCGAUGCAGCGACGACGUCGCUCGCAGACACCCUGGACCGCCAGCCCUCGCGCCUGGUCAUCUGA